AUGAUCUGUCCUGCAAGUAUUACAGUAUUCAGUCUCGACGAUCAGGAUUGGUAUAGCGUCGACGUUGCCGGAUUGGAAGACAAGCAAUGGAGGCCGAAAACUACUGAUAGAUUGGUGCUUGAUCCGGCCACGAAAUCCAUUCUCAUCCACCUAGCGACUACAAACUCUUUGCAGUUCCAAGCGAACAAGUCCAGGGAUGUAAUUGAAGGGAAGGGCAAGGGCGUCGUUUUAUUGUUUCAUGGACCGCCUGGUGUGGGCAAAACUUUGACAGCGGAAGUCCUUUCUGAAUUCACCAAAAGACCAUUACUGAAGAUCAACCUGGGAAAAAUUGCUAGCCAUAAGAAAUGGGAGCCAGCACUUGAGAGGAUCUUCACAAAUGCAGAAGACUGGAAAGCAAUCCUGCUGAUUGACGAAGCUGAAAUUGUUUUGGAAAAACGAACAUUUGAGAGAAUGACUCAGAACUCGUGGAUUUCAGUAUUCCUACGUAAGCUUGAGUACUACAAGGGUAUCUUGAUCCUCACAACGAAUUUGAUUGAUUGUAUCGACGAAGCAUUCGAAUCUCGCAUUAGCUAUCCAGUGCGAUUUCGCGAACUCAGCCGUGAUGAUCGCCUUCAGAUCUGGUCAGACUUUGUCAAAGAUAUGAAGAUGCUCCCAGCGUACAAAGAGACAUUGAUGAAGGAGGUGUAUCGUUGGUCCGAAGCUGAAAUUAAUGGACGGCAGAUCAGAAACGUUGUCUUGAUGGCUGAGCACUUGGCAGCUAGUGACAACACAAGAUUGACGCCUCGCCAUAUUGACGAUCUCUUGAAUGUUAUCCUCGAGUUCUGCGACUACAAUCAAGGCAACUCUUCCAGAGUCAAGAAGAUCCAAUCAAUGGGUUUGUCCUAUCCCCAAAGAUGA